AUGUUUAAGAAAGUUCAAAAUUGCUUCAAAUCUCUAAGAAUGAGUAAUUAGAUCAUUCUAAUUAACUUUUGCAUCAUAACUUUUACUGUGUUAGUCAUCCUUGCUACAUAUUAAGUUCAAUAGGCAAUCUUUUUCACUUUUAUUAAAAAAUUUUCUCAAACUUUAUCAUAGAAACAAGAAAAUCAUUUAGUUUAAGUUAUUUCUGAACAUAUUAGAUAAUAUAUCUAGCAUAAAAAUUAACAAAGUAUUUGAAUAAUAUAGAUAGCAUUAUCCAACUUACAACAUUCUAAUGAUUUCUUUUAAUAUAUUACUGAGUCGAAAAAUAAAUUUAGAAUAGUUAAAAGCCAGUUUUAAGAAUGCAUAGAGUAGAAUGAGGUGAAUAGUCAUAAAGUGAUUUAUAAUUCAGAUAUCAUAUGUUAAGGAUUUCAGAUUGUAAAUUCUGAAAAUAAAGGAUAAUAUUUUAAUGAUACUCUAACUUUACUUAGUCCAUUUACAUAAUUAUUUAUUGCUAAUGAAGACUCUAAAAUAUCAUAUUUUGAUAUUCCUGAAACUUAAUUUUUUGGAGCUUUUCCUUAUUCUUUUAAAUUUAAGAAUUAUAAUUUAUAGACUCGACCUUGGUAAAAAUAAAAAUAAUUUAAAGGUUUGUAAAUCAUAUGAGUUAAUCCAAAAUUUACCCAAAUUCUAGUUAUUUUUAUUCACCAAUAUUAUUAUCUGCUCGUAAUAACUUACCUUAUUCUGCAUUGACAUAUUCACUGGUAAGAAAUAACUCAAUUUUUGGAAUUGCAGUAUAAAUACUACCUAUAUCAGAUAAAAAUAUAUAAAACAUACCCUUAAAUAUUUUAUUAGUACAUUAAAAUGGGGAUGUAAUUUUAAGCACAAUGGAUUCAUUUGAUUAAAUAACUGGCUUAGUUAAAAUUAGUAAUACUUCCUACACUGGUUUUAACGAAACUGAUUGGGAAACUAUUUAAUACAAUACAAACAAUAAAUAAAAUCAUGAUAGUACAUUUUAUUUAAUGAAUAAAAUUUAUCAAAGAUCUGUAUUUGUAUAUACAUAUUAAUUCUUAAAGGAAAAUUUAACAAUGAUAGUGUAAUUAAUUGAUAUAAUUUUUUAAGUUUUAAGAAUGUUACAUAUGAAUAGGAAAUCUCGGAUGAAAUUGAUCUCUUGAUAGAUAAUUUAGAAACAGAGUUGAUUCAAUAAAUAUAAAUCUAAAUUGGAUGCUGUAUUUUUCUAUUACUUAUUACUGCUAAUUUAAUUAAGUGUAUUUCAGCACCCUUAUUAGAAUUAAUUUAACUUAUUAAUGAGCAUGUCAUUAAAAUGGGUAAUAAUUUAAACUCAGAAAUAUUUAAAAUGGCUCUUAAGACUAAAACAAAAAAUAAUGCUGAUUUGUUUUCUAAUUUGGCAUGUUAAUUUAUGGGAUUAAAAGAUUUAUAAUCCAAAAGUUCUUAAAGAAAAAGCAAUCUUUGUUAAUAAAUGGAGUCAAUUUAAUAUAAUUAUAAGUUUUAAGAAACUGAUACAACCAAAAUUUAGGAAUUUUUCCAAUAACUUCCUUAAAAUGAAUAAAAACCUCAUAGUUUAGCUUUUUUUCAUUUUGAUUCUUAAAAAUUAUUAACUCUCAAAUAAUUUAAUUUAAAAUCACAUAAACUUUAUUAAAAUGAAAAACUUACUAUAAACGAAGACAUAGUUAAAAGUGAAUAAGUUGGCAAAAGAUUACUUUUAAUUAAUCAUUUGCUCCAAAAAAUAUAUAAAUAAAACAAGCCAAAUUGA